GUUUAAAAUAGUCCAUCAUUCACCAACAAACGACCAACAAACGGUAGCGACAAAAAUUAAUUCGAUCGGUCGUGAUGAGGGGCUAACUAUAUGGAGCUUAAGGAAAGGAAGGAAAAGGAAGAAGCCUGAAAGCCGAUUUUUCUGAUUGGCUGAUGCAGUGUGUUGAGAUGCUGAAACGUGAGCGUAGAAAUGAGACUUUAAAAAAUACACCGAGUAAAUGACGCAAUCGUUGAUUGGAAAUUACUUAUGGUUGCUUAUGGUGGAAAGUUGACCGUGUAUUUGGCUUUAUUUAUCAUUUUAUCUGUCAUUUUCGGAGGUCAUUAAGCAUUGAAUUCGUUAUUGGUGAUCUUCAAGAUGGAUAGUAACAAAGAUGAGGCAGAACGCUGCAUGGAAUUCGCUGAUCGUUUUAUUCGGGAGAAAAAGUAUAAUGAUGCUGAGAAAUUUGUUCGUAAGGCUCAGAAACUUUAUCCUACGAAAAAAGUAGAAGAUAUUCUGACAAAAUUAGCAAUGCUUUCAAAACCAAAUCAGAAAACUGAGGCUGAACCAGAUAUUAAAAAACGGCAAAGUAUCAGUAGAGAAGGUAAUCAAGGUGUACCUGCUGGUACUGAUUUCACUAAGGAGCAGAUUGAUUCAGUUAAGAGAAUUAGAAAAUGCAAAGAUUAUUAUGAAAUUUUAGGAGUUAAUAAGGAAGCAGCUGAUAGUGAUAUUAAAAAAGCAUAUAAAAAAUUAGCUCUACAAUUACAUCCUGAUAAAAAUAAAGCACCAGGUGCUGCUGAAGCGUUUAAAGCUAUCGGGAAUGCAGUUGCUAUUCUUACUGAUGUUGAGAAACGAAAACAAUAUGAUUUAUAUGGCUCUGAAGAGGAAAGGAUGCAAAGUGCACAUUCGCGACAAGCUCAUGCUCACUAUGAUUACACUCGUGGUUAUGAAGCUGACAUAACGGCAGAAGAGUUGUUUAAUAUGUUCUUUGGUGGUGGAAUUCCCCAACAAAGUUUUUAUAUGCGACGUGCUGGGGGCAGGUGGAUGAGGCAACCUGAUGGGCAAACCCAACAUGCUCAUUCCCAGCAAACAAAUGGAUACACAGCAUUCCUUCAAAUGUUGCCUGUACUAUUAUUGAUAGUUUUAACAAUGAUGAGCAGUUUCUUUAUAUCUGAUCCCGUAUACAGUUUACAUUCAAAUGCGAAAUAUUCUGUACAAAGAACGACUCAAGGAAUGAAAGUGCAAUAUUAUGUGAAAGAAAAUUUUCAUAGUGAAUAUCAAGGCAGUUUACGUAGACUGGAAGUGUCAGUCGAAGAAGAGUAUGUGAAUAACUUGAAACAUGCCUGCUAUAGAGAAAAAAAUUACAAGGAUUCAAUGUUAUGGAAAGCAAGAACCUUCGGUGACCAAGACUUAUAUCAACGUGCUCGGAACAUUGAAACACCAUCGUGUAAAAGACUAGUAGAUUUGCAAUCCGCAUAAUGAACUUACAGAUGGUUAAAGUACAUUCGUUGUUUGUAGAUAGAUGUAUAUUAUUUUCACAUAUUUACAGUAACUCUGGACGUGUUAAUUGACUCAUAAUAAAUUGUCAAUAAAUUUGACUUUUGAUGUCCAUUAAUGCCUACAAUGGUCGCAUUCAAGAUAUAAAGCAUAAUUAUGAAACAUUUAUUGCUUAUUAGUUGUUCGGUUAUCAUAAACUGUACUGAUAAAAAUAGUCACUGUGCAAUUGUGAUGCAGUGUUACGUCUUUUUUGUUUUCUUUAAUGUUCGCCUCGCUCUCGCCUGUUCCGUUUAUGAAUUAUGUAAUUUUAUAUAGGUGUUUAUAAAUACAAUUACAAUUACAAAUA